AUGUCGUGCACAGCGCCAUCGAAGGUCUCCGCGUCCGCAAAUGUCGACAGCGUCGCCUCCUUCGAGACGCGCGGCGGCGCCGGUGACCCGGGGCACAUCAGAGGGAAUGAGUUUCCCUUGGGGUCUGUUUGUCUUCAGAAGUUGCACGGGACCGAGGACGAGUUCAAGACUGACUCGAGUGGAUCCGGCAGUGCGGUCCCCAUGAGAACAUGGACCGCGGCGCCACCGACAGGGACGGUCGUCUCGGGCUGGAGCGACUUGGAGAACGACGCAACCAAGGAGAACAUGUACGGCUACCACCUGGCCAACAACAAUGACGACGAGUUCUGCGGCCGGUGA